GCGAACCGUAAAGGCGGUAUCCGGCUACUUGAAACCUUCCUCGGGCUCAAGCUUCGGGAACCCAAGUGUUGAGCCCACUAGGAGGUGUCAUGCUGAAUUUUCUUUGUUGUUUUAAGCCCUAGAAUCUUGACUGGAGUUCGGGGCACGCUCGGUUCUCUUUCUCGAGCCGGAGUUUACUAGGUCUCGCGAGAUCUGUGGCCUGACCCGAGAGUGGCCUGGGAGCUGGUAUCUCCUAGGAGCACGGCUAGGCUCUCUGAGCCAUCUGGACUCCGCCUGGUAGCCGGGCAGCCAUGGAUGAGGACCUGGUUCUGGCUCUUCGGCUUCAGGAAGAGUGGAACUUGCAGGUCUCGGAGCGCAAUCCGGCCCAGGAGCCCCUGUCGCUGGUGGACGCGUCCUGGGAGUUGGUGGACCCCACGCCGGAUUUGCAGGCCCUGUUUGUGCAGUUCAACGAUCGUUUCUUCUGGGGCAAACUGGAGGCGGUGGAAGUGAAGUGGAGCGUGCGGAUGACGCUGUGUGCUGGGAUCUGCAGCUACGAAGGGAAUGGUGGAAUGUGCUCCAUCCGGCUCAGUGAACCCCUUUUAAAGUUGAGGCCCAGGAAGGAUCUUGUGGAGACCCUCUUGCAUGAAAUGAUACAUGCCUAUCUGUUUGUCACCAACAAUGAUAAAGACCGUGAAGGGCAUGGUCCAGAGUUUUGUAAACACAUGCACCGCAUCAAUCGCCUGACUGGAGCCAACAUAACAGUCUACCAUACUUUCCAUGACGAGGUGGACGAGUACCGGCGACACUGGUGGCGCUGCAACGGGCCAUGUCAAUACAAGAAGCCAUAUUUCGGCUACGUCAAACGCGCCACCAACAGGGCGCCCUCUGCUCACGACUAUUGGUGGGCUGAGCAUCAGAAAAACUGUGGAGGCACUUUCAUAAAAAUCAAGGAACCAGAGAACUAUUCGAAAAAAGGCAAAGGAAAGACAAAACCAGGAACACAGCCAGUGUCAGCAGCAGAGCCUGAAGAUAAACCCAACAGAAGCAAGACACAGUUGUUAAUCCCUUUUAGUGGGAAGGGAUAUGUUCUAGGAGAGACAAGCAACUCGCCUUCCUCUGGGAAAUGGAUCACUUCACAUGCUGUUAAUAAAACCCAAGAUCUUUUCAGUCAAGACCAGUCAGCCAAUGCCCUAAGAUCUAAUUCUAAAACUGCGGUGAAAUUUGAACAGAAUGGUUCAAGUAAAAAGACCUCCCUAGUCCCGUCUGUGCCCAGCUCCAAACACCAAAAUGUUUUAAGCAGCUACUUUCCUAGAGUAACAGUCGCCAACCAGAAGGCUUUCAGAAGUGUGACUGGAUCUCCAGCGAAGAGCCUAACAGUUGGGGACAUCACUAAAAACUCGGCCCCUUCUAGUUCUCAGAGAAGGGUUACAUCUUCUAAGGUGUCCCUAAGAGAGUCUUUCAAAGCAGUGGAAUCGACAUCUGUGACUGUACCCCCUGGGGACCAGUGCCCAGGUAAACGACCCAGGCUGGAAGAUAGGGCUGCUUUUGACAAUUUUUUUGUCAAGAAAAACCAAAUACAGAGUGGAGGUAAUGAUCCCAAGUGUCCUUCACAUCUUCCAGCUGCAACUCCGAAUCCAAGCAGUUCAUCCAGUUGGAGCAGAACAGUUAAUUGUCCGGUUUGUCAGAGUGAAGUUUUGGAGUUUCACAUUAACGAGCACUUGGACAGGUGCCUGGAAGGCGACAGCACCCAAGGCAAGAGCUGAAAACGCCUUUGAAAAAUGAAUGGAUCUCACCUGUCCACUGCAUCACCUCAGGAAUCUCUGGUUAAUGCCAAAAUCUGCAGGUUAUAAUCUAGCUUACCAGUACUAAGUGUACUAUUUUAUAUAUACAUACAUGAGGUUGCAAUUUUAAAUCUUUUAUUUCUAAAGGUGCUAUCAUUCACUUACUUGCCUUGCAUAUACUGUAGCCCAGAGUGUGUUCUGGAUGCAUACAUGUAUGAUUUUUAGCUCCUUUC